CUGUGUUUUAAUCUGUACAAUUCCAUAUAGAACUUAUUCUUGUGUUGUUUUUCAAAUUCUGGCGGCUCAGCUGCCAUAGUUCCGGUUGCCAUGACGAUGUCAUCUCACUUUAUGACAUCACAGAUAAUAGACUACAAAGCCCCUCACUUCUGUACAGGUUUUCGUACAAGUAAGACGUGUUUGUUUCCAGAGAGUGAGAAGCAGGAGAUUUCGACAAAUUCUUCCAACAACACUUUCAGUUUUAGUUCUACGAGAGAAAAACACGACAGAAAUGGAACGUUCAACCCCAGAAUUAAGGCGCAGUGUCCGUCUUCAGGAAAAGGGUUAUUAUGGACCACAGGACAAAUCCGUCAUCAGCUACAAGGAAAGACUCUUCAAAGUCUUCAAGCGACGAAGGCAGAGACAGCGUGAUGAUGAAAAGCAUCACUUUGUGCCACUGCCACUGCCACUGCCACUGCCACUGCCACUGCCUUCUCGAACUAAUUCAACCAAACAGCCAAAGCCCAACUACCUGCCCACACAGUUUGAGGUUUUGGUCAUGGUGUUGUUCAUCCUGCUUGGAGCCAUCCCUUUUCGGAGAGAAGCAGGAGGUGCAGGAGGUGCAGGAGGUGCAGGAGAUGCAGGAGGUGCAGGAGGUGCACUAGGAGGGGACAGAGCAGUACUAGCAGCAGGAGAUGUAGGACGUGUAGGAGGUGUAGGAGGUGUAGGAGGUGCAGGAGAUGCACCAGGAGGGCACAGAGCAGUACUAGCAGCAGGAGAUGCUCCACUGAUGGUAAACUACGCUCUUCUGUCACAGCAGGCCACAGUUCUCCGAUCUCGCUCUAGCCCCACCUACUUUCGACACGGUGUAUUGGAGAUGAUCCAGUGGCUGUUGUGCUCCAAACAUCUCUUUGUGCUGCGCCCUGAUUCCCCCCUGAUCCCCGGCUACUGCUGGCCCUUCGCUGGAGACAAAGGACACCUUCACAUCCAACUGGCCCAGAACAUCCAAAUUACCCACGUGACACUGGGGCACAUCACCAAGACCCAAUCGCCAACCGGGGAGACCACAUCGGCACCCAAGCACUUCGCUGUCUACGGGAAGACGACGUUGGAUGGAACGGAGCAACUACUCGGACGAUUUUUCUACGACACGGGGGAACCGGGUUUCCAAACGUUUGCGAUUUCAGGAGGGAAAGGUGUAUCUUUUAAACAUGUACGACUGCAGGUGGAGUCCAACUGGGGCAACACGGAAUACACCUGUCUGUACAAUUUUAAGGUGCACGGAACACCUGCGCCCCCUGUCGGCCAAGUCACGCCCCCUCAACAAGGACAGUGUCAUUGA